AGCAGCAGAGGACAGCUCCGUGUACUUUGACGUUUUGUUGUUCUACGGUUCGAAAAGGGUCGGCUGGAGGGCGAGCAGCGUGCAGCUGUCAAAAAAAUUGCAAAAGUCUACACAGUCGAAGCAGGGCUGCUGCGUGGAGUAAACUGAAAUCGGGGCCAAAGCUCUGUCACUCACAUAAGAACAUGUCGAGCACACCAUCGAAGAACAUGACGAAAGAAGCAGAUAAGGGAUCAUCUCCAUCUCGUGAUGCAAGCGAACGAGAUAAAACAGAACUUAUGGACAUGAUGCACCGAUACAACGAUAUUAAGGAUGCCACACAAAAAGUACUCGGAGCGCUGGCAGUGAUGGAGGGAGCCACCGUGAAGGAGAUGCACGUCCGGUACAACUUGCCGCUGGACUCGUGAAAUUAAAUAUUAUAUUAUAUUGUUGUUUGUAUUCGUUUCAUUUCUAACCAAAGUGACGUGCUAGGCCCAUUUUCGAUUUCAACUGGUAACAGGGUCCUGAAGCCAUGUCCCAAUUUUAGUGCCAAACGCUUUAGUUUAGGCUAGUGAUCCUUUAUAUGAGAGAUAAGCGGAAGAAAAUGGAAUGCUUUGGCAACAGACCAGCAGUGCUGAGUUUGGUCGGUGUUGAGAAAAAUAUUGUAAUACGGACAUGACUUCCUCAUUGCUAAAAAGUGUAUUUAGUUUCGUCAUAGAUCUUUGAGCUACAUUUCCCAGCUAAUGAA